AAUGCGAGGGCGUGGCCGGGUGGAGGGAGGGGAGUUCUUAAGCGGCCGAGCCAAGAGGGCAGGGCCCGGAGCCAGACCCCGAGGUGAGGCGACAGGACGCCCGGGCGCGGGGAAGCUGACGGGCCGCCAGAGACGCUGCAGCGCCGUGCGUCCCAGCGCGCCUGGUUUGCCUUUCUGCCCUUUCACGCCUGAAGUUUGGAGGGAGCUGUAGUGAAGCUCUCUGGGAACCCCGCGACUCGACCGGCUGCCCGGACUCGGCACUUUCUCCUUCAGCCGGCCAGCGUGGAGGCAAGUGGAGGGGGGAAGCGCUGUCAGGAGCGCGCAGGCACACCUCCUUGAGGAGAGCGCCCGCUCGCCAGCCGCGGAGUCCCUGCGCUCGACUGCAGUUGUUGUCAGAACUGUUCCUCUUUGGCUGCACCUUCGUUAGUGAGCGGUGAGAAAGUGAAGAAGAUUCUUGGAUUAAACGAUGAGGAGUCUACUUUUUCUGGUGCUGAUUUCUUUCUGCUGGGUUGACCAUCAUGCUGCCAACUUCACUCCGGAGCCUGACAGAAUUAUUCACAUCCGUGAAAGUGAACCAAACUUUUUUGUGGAAACAGAAAAAACUAAAAUCAUCUCACAACGAGGUGGCAAUGUUACACUGCCAUGCAAAUUUUACGGUGACCAAGCAUCUGACUCAGCAUCCCAUAAAAUUCGGAUCAAGUGGACCAAACUCACCUCAAAUGUCCGCAAAGUAGUGCCUGUCUACGUUGAAAUGGGACAUCACAAAAAGAGCUAUGGAAAUUACCAGGGAAGAGUCUUCUUGAGGAAAAGUACAGCAAAUGAUGCCUCACUUGUGAUUAAUAAUAUAAUACUGGAGGAUUAUGGGAAAUACAAAUGUGAGGUGAUUGAAGGAUUGGAAGAUGACUCAGCUGUUGUCUUUCUAGAUUUACAAGGCAUUGUAUUUCCUUACUCUCCACCCCUGGGUCGCUAUAAUCUAAACUUCUAUGAGGCUCAGAAAGCCUGCCUGGCUCAAGAUGCAAUUAUAGCUUCAUUUGACCAGUUGUUCAAUGCUUGGAAGUCAGGUAUGGACUGGUGUAAUGCAGGCUGGCUUAGUGAUGGGUCAGUGCACUAUCCCAUCACAAAUCCCAGAGGACCUUGUGGAGGAAAGAACACACUUCCUGGAAUCCGAAAUUAUGGCUUCCUCAACAAAGCUAAAGGCAGAUAUGACGUUUUUUGUUUUACAUCUCAUUUUAAUGGCCGUUUUUAUUACCUAAUACAUCCAACCAAACUGACCUAUGAUGAAGCUGUACAAGCCUGCCUCAAUGAUGAUGCACAGAUUGCUAAAGUAGGCCAAAUAUUUGCAGCUUGGAAGUUUCUAGGAUAUGACCGCUGUGAUGCUGGCUGGCUGGCUGAUGGCAGUGUCCGGUACCCCAUCUCCAAGCCAAGGAAACGCUGUAGUCCUAAUGAAGCAGCUGUACGCUUUGUGGGCUUUCCAGAUAAAAAGGACAAGCUCUACGGCGUCUACUGUUUCCGGUCAUAUGAGUGAAUAUAGCACAGCAAUUUCCAAUCCAUCAAGAACAUGUGAAGGAUUUUCUUUCAGUAUGAACUCAUGCAGGUUACCAAAACUGUGAUAAAUCUUUUUUACUUAUUGUAAAAAGUCAUUUUCAUAAAACUGAUCAUUAAUUGGUUUUUUGUUGUUUUUAAAGCUUUCAUUCAAUAGAUAUUUUAAAUUAAUAUAAUUUAAAGGAAACUCUAAGUAAGGAACUAUUUAAAGUGUAAUUGUUUAAGCUACAUCAUUCCGACAACAAAGCAUUUUUUUUGGUGAAUGGGGCAUGCAAUAGCUUGAUGAUUGCUAUGACUACAUUAAGGAAUGUAAGGCUACUCAAAGCAAAAAAAAAAAAAUCCAAGGACAAAGUUUACAUAUUUGUAUCACGUCGAAAUAGAUCAGAGGAUAAUGACUGUGACUGAGGUCUGAACUACACUCACCUUAUUCUUAACUGGCAUUCCAUGUGGUUUUGAAUGAAGUUUUUUAAGACAAAAUUUAUGAAAUGUAUUUAAAUCAUGUCUGUUUUGGCAAUAUGACCUACUGAACAAUUCCAUAACAUUCCAGCAAGCACAGUCAAAGCUUCUGAAAACAUUUUUUCUGGUUUUAUUGUGUAUGCAGUAGAAAUGUGUGUAUGAAUAAUUAAAGAGUGGAUCCUACUUUCUCCUUAAUGCAACCUAAAUAUGGCUGAGAUAGUUUGCAUUACCUUUGAGUAGCUUUAUGGAGGCUUUUAUUUUAAAAAAAUUCAAAAGGCCAUUUUGCUAAACCGCAUUUAGCAUCUACUCAGGGCAGUUAUAUAUUAAUGAACUGCUGGACAGAACACAAAUGUAUUAAAUUUAGCAGCUUGAAUUCAUGUUAGCUUUUAAAAUAGUAUUGUCUUUAUAAAUGGAUCAUUAAGAUAUUUAAUACUUCUUUCUUAGUUACACACAUAAGAGUUAAACAUUUCAAUGGAUGUUGACCAUUAUUAAUUCUGAUGAUUUAGAAGAUCACUUUCAAUUAGGAAAGUGAAAAUAUCUCUACCCUCCCAUCAGUUUCCCGUGUUCAUUCCAAUUUAUGUGUGUCUGAAAGCUCUUGUAUGGGGAUUUCCAUUUAUUUUAAUGGAGAUGGCAGCAGCUUUCUUUUUGCUGUAAAGCUGUCCCACCACUGAAUGAGGAAGCUCUUGAGGAGCAAGAUUGUGGUAUUCAAAUGUCCAUGCUCAUAAAUGAGCCCCAGAUAAAGAAAAAUGUGGCCAGUUACACCAACAUCCUUCAAUUUCUCUCCCAUACUGAACACUGGAUACUCUAGGAUAAUUUCUCAAAUUGUCUGUUGCAUUUUUCAGAGUUCUCUAUAGAAAAUUAUUGCCUUUAUUCAGAUGGAAAAUACAAGGAGUAAUGAAGCUUUAUCUCUGAUGGAAAAUAUCUCUUUUUGAUUGAUUUAAUUGUCAAAUGGAAAAUAAAAGAAACAUUGUAUGCUGUAUGGCUGAUAGAUUUUUAUAUGAGAUUAACAGUGCUGUCCAUUUUCAGUCCAUUGAAUCAAUAUGUUUAGAAGAUUGUGUUAGGAUUGUACUCUAAUUUGGAUUAUACUGUCAGUUACCAGUUCAUUAAAAUUAGUCAAGAUUAAGUUCCACUGAAAAUUUUGCAACAAGUAGGUCAGAAAUAAUUUCAGUGCCAUUGCUUUCAAUUGGACAGUCAUGACUAAUUGAUCUGGACUGAGGCCAUAGACUCCUAAUGCCAGUUUAACACUGCUUUCAGCAUCAUGUUUUGCUUAUUUCCAGAUGAGAUAGUUUUCUAAUAUGAUGUUUGUGCUAUGGUGUAAGAAACAUUGAAUAGGUACACUUGGGGCAAAUGCAUCCAUCAUAUUGGUCCCUUGACUGCUUGCACUUGAGGGAGGAGUCAGUAAUAUUCUGCAUUCUUUCCCUUCAAGCACACAAAAGAGUACAUUGAGAAUGUUGUAUCAAGUCAUUUUAUGGAGGAUCUGUCACAGACAGCGUAUAAAAACAGAGCCAUUGGAACUUAACCAUUGGGACUGGACUUGAUGUCCAUUGUAGUCUCUUUCAACUCUAUGAUUGUUAAACAGUGAUGGUAAGGGGGGGAAAUCAUGUUUUGGAUCUCUUAGGCAGCCCAAUUAUUAAUAAUGAAGACCAUGUGGAACUCUAUCCUUGGCUUUGGGUUUCUUGAUUAACAUAGACGAAGAAAAGCCGUUUUUAAACAGAACCAAAUUCUGCAUUUUCUAAUGGUUUCUGUGUAUAAAUGGGAUAGGACAGAAUAUUCAGUAUUCUUCUAAUCCUAGUAUAUAAAUGUAAGGGCAUGAUUAACCAGAUUACCUCCUUUAUAAGCACAAGCUUCUGUUUUGAUGAACAAAAAAGAAACUUCCUCAAAAGCACCUGUCUGAUUCUGGUAGCUGUACAUGACACAAAUGAAAAUUUCAGUAGCCUUGAAAUGUUGUGCAGUCAGUGAUAAAAUCGGGGGGGGGGGGGCUGUUUCUGUCUAUUGUAUAAUAAUGUAACAGAGAAUUUAAUCUUCCAUAAGCUAUAAUAUGUUGCAAUGAUGACAGCAUAAUCAGUGGUUUCCUAGGACUGUAGCAAUAGAAGCCAAGACAGACCAGAAAAAAACAUUUAGUGGCAAAAAUCUGACAUUAGGAGCUGAGAGUCAAAGAAAAUAAGAUGUAUAGGUUUCUCUCUGUCUCUUUCUUGGAUUAUUGGUUGCUGAACUCUGUGGCUUUAGUUGUCUGCCUAAGUAUGAAUAUGAUCAGUUACUAUUAAGUUCACAAUCUCUUAGCAAGCCCCAGGUACUUAGAUGAGCUCAUUCUAUCAGAAUACCCUCAAUGCUGCUCCAUGUAUAUCCAUCACCAAAGAGCCUUUGGUGGCACAUCCUUGACUAUUCCAUCUAGUUCAAAGACUUUGAGACAGGAACCAGUAAACCAGCACCAUCUGCAAGUUAUGUCACCAACCACUGCAGCUGUAUGCAACUGCACAAGCAUAUAUCCCCCUCAGCCAGGUAACACCGAGGAACACAGGAAUGGCUGGUCACCAGUUGGCAACCUUGGAGACUGAGAGAAGAGUCUUCCAAGGCUUUCUUCAGAGUUUUGUGGUCUGCCUUUUCUUUGGUUCCCCUGGAAAGGGUUGGAAUGACAGUGUCUUCAGAGCUAGAAAUUCCCACGUAGUGUGAGCAACUGUUCUGCUUCAUCAAUUCAUUGGCUUAUUUCUGCUGGCAAAGGAUAUCUGCAAAAACAGAAUUUCUUUAUGAAUGUCCAACCACUUUUAGACAAAAAAAGACAUCUGAUCCCUCCACAGUGUAGUCCUGGACAGCCACCUCAUGAAGGGUAGGUGCUUCUAGCUCUAAGAACAUUGGGCUUCAGGAUGAGAAGGAGGUGGCUGGAUUCCAUUGACUCUUUGUGCCUUUUCCAAAUCCUUCCUAAUCAAUGACACAACAUCAUUCUGAGCUAACCUGUUCCCCUCCAGUGUCUGCAAAAAUCCAGCUGAUUGUUUGAUGAGUACACUGUACAUUCUGCAUGCCCUCUGUGCAUGAAGUUUGCUAUUUGUUGGGAGCUCAUUGUUCAGGUGGUGACAGCAAAGAUUCCUUGGUCUGAGCAAGCAGAUGUGUUGGUUACUUGCAGAAUAAGCAUCAUCCUCUCCACCAGGCAAUUUGAAGCACUGGCAUUUGACACCAACCUCCCCAGCCGCCCUCAAAUGGCAUCCACAUUCAAACACAAAGACACAAUUGUAGCAAUUGAAGAAACUUUAUUGGAGGACUACUGGAGGGGGGGAAGGGGCUGAGAGAAAGAGUUUCUAUCUCUGCAUAAUGUCUGGGGGAAUGGUUGUUCCUCUCCUUAGGUGGUAUCAAAUGGGAGUCCCUUUUGAGGUUCAUGGGAUGGUACUCUUGUGCAACAGGCCCCUCCCCCAUCAGAGGCUGAUGCCAUCUGAAACACCUUCACUUGUGUGACACACAUUCCCAUAGUAACAGCUGGAUCCACCUUGGCAACUACUCCAUAGGACUGUGCAUCUGCAAGGGAUGAGUUCAAGAAUUGUGCAGUUACCCACUCAGCUUGGUGGGGCUCUGACCCCCCCCCCCGCACAAAUUGCCUAGCUGAGAGACAGCCCAAUGAGUUGUCAGCCCAUUGCAGAGGUAUAAGUUUGACCCCUUCCCCUAGCAACUCUCCCAGCCCAGACCCUCAUGCAGCAAUCCCAUUGUUCUUGACACUCCAUGGUGGUAUGGGGGUCUGUGGCUUCUGCUGCCCCACUGGACUGCCACUGGACUGGGCUUGGGUGUGGGUGUGGGUAACAGCAUUGCUGGGGUGGCUCCCAGACACUGGGGAAAGGAAAGAGUUUGGGGAAACAAACCCCUCUUACACUGCAGUACAGUAGCCACGUUGGAUCCUACUGUGCUGCAGGCAGGCAUCAGGUAUGGUGCGUUAGACAGACAGAGGUCAAGGAGCGUAAAAGGCAAAGGCAUGGUCAGAGAGUCCAAGGUCAAGGCAAGCAGAAAGCAAAUGCAUAGACAGCCCAGAGUCAAGCAAGUCCAGGAGCUUGUGCAAGCAGGCAGGUAGGCUAGGCACAAAGGUACAAGGCAUGGAGUAGAGAACCUGAUAUGUGGAGGUUUUUAGUGAAACACACUUGUUGCACCCAGGCAGAUCCAACCCAGGACAUGGCUUAUAUAGGAGAUCCUGACUAAUGAGGCUAGGGUCCUAAAAGGACUCAAUCCUUCUCAGAUGCAAAUGAUUCCAUUUUACAGAGCCUUCUGCCAUAUCUAGCAGCAAUGCGAGAAGUUCUCCUUUCAGCACUUAGCUGCAAUCUUUGUCUUUGCCUUUUUCAUGCAGCUGACUCGUUACUCAGCUCAUCUGAGGUAACUGAUGGCUCUCCCAACUGCAUAGUAUCAGGAUCUGUUGCUGGCUCUGCCUUAGCUGGCAGGGAAGGACUUGGAGCUAGCUCUGCCUUGCUUGGCAGGACAGGGCUUGGAGCUGGCUCUAUGCCUGCAGUUUUGGUCCACAGUGCAUUCAAGCUCCAUGUCAGAUUUCUCAUCUCCCAGGGGCUGGAUCAUGACAUCUGCCUCCAAAGAUGGGGCACUUGUUAGGCUUCAGAACUGGGAGAAGUCUGACAUGGAGUGUAGAAUUUGCUCUCCCUGUUGGGUGUUGGCGCAAAAUGUGUGUGGGGUGUGGUUGGGUGCUGUGAAAGGGGCUUGGCUGCCUCAGGUGAGGGAGGUGACUGUACAGUCCCUUUAGUUGGCAGCCUGAGCUGCUUGGGGCCUCAUGUGCACAGCUUCUGCAGCAGGAGGACACCUGUGUUUUUUUGGCUUAAUGGGGGUCUAAUUUUUGUUGGUGCAACCUUGUGCCUCUAUCAGACUGAAAGGGCUUAGGGAACAAACUAACUCCAGCCAUGCCCUUUGAUCUGCCCAUGAUGCUGGAGUAGAGGCUUGUACCUGAGUUGCACUUCUAUGUAGCUGCAGCAGAGUUAUGUGGGCCCAAGAACAUCACAGUGUUCCUGGAGUCCAGUGUUGGCAGGGAUGAUGGGAACUGUAGUCCAUAACAUCUGGAGGGCCGUGAGUUUGACAUCUGUGCACUAAUGUAAGGGUCAGUUGGGUCUCUGAGCCAUUCCACCCACUUAUGAUUGGCAGUAAAAUGAUGAUCUUUACUUAGAUACAGUCAAUAGUUGGUAAAAUGGCUUUCCAGGAUCAGACAUAAUUCAAAGUAACACCACUGAACAUUCUGCAUGCUGAAAAAUGUUUUUUUU